AUGUCCACAUUCGCAGAUGACAAAGCACCAAUAUGCAUCCCCUUCAUCACGCAGCUCCUCCAAACCCACCGGACCAAAUCCCCGGACCGCCCGCUCAUCAUCGGCCUCAACGGCAUGCAGGGCGUCGGCAAGACGACUCUCGUCGCGCCGCUGGCCGCCGCCCUCAACGCCCGUGGCAUCCACACGCUCGUCUUCAGCAUCGACGACUUUUAUCUCCCCCACGACGAGCAGGUCAGGCUAGCCGCGUCGCAUCCUGAGAACGCACUCGUGCAGCAUCGCGGGGAGCCAGGCACGCACGACGUCCCCCUGGCAAAGGCUGUCUUUGCUUCGCUCCUCAACAACUUGCCCACCUCUAUCCCGCAGUACGACAAGGCCCUCUUCUCCGGACAGGGCGACCGCCUGCCGCCCUCCCAGUGGCGGCCGGCCAACCACCCGGGCCAACCACCCGUCCAGGUCGUCAUCUUUGAAGGCUGGUGCGUCGGCUUCCGUUCCGUCCCGGCUGCUCAGGUGGAGGCGAAGUGGAAAGGCCCCAGUAGGACCUUGCAUAAACAUAAACUGGAGCACUUGCAAUUUGUCAAUGAGGAACUGAGCAACUACGACGCCCUGACGGAUUCUUUUGACGCGUUUAUACAUAUUGACUCUGAGGAUGCAGAGUACGUGUAUGCCUGGCGACAGGAGCAGGAAGAUUCGUUGCGGGCCACCAGGGGUGAUCCGACGGCGGGGAUGACUCCCGAGCAGGUGGUCAGGUUUGUGGAUGGGUAUUAUCCUGCCUAUGAGCUCUAUACAGAUGGUAUGAGGAGAGGAAUAUUCAAGGACAGGCCCGAGUGUCAGUUGCGCAUGAUUGUUGGUAGGGAUAGAAAGGUCAAGGAAGUUGUGCGGAUAUGA